GAAGAACUAACCCACAAUUGUUACUGGAUAUAAAAAAAGUGUUAAAAGUUUUCAAUGAUGUGCUAAAACAAAAUAAUGAAAAAUGAAAAUUAAAGUGAUACUAUUAGUUUUAGUGAGCUAUCUAAUUCAAGUGUUCGGCUAUUUUGAAAAUCAACCUAAAUUUCAAUCAAAUGAUGGACACCUAAUCAUCGAAUCAGCGGUUGAUAAGAACAUCACAGUGAAGUUGAAGGGCAAUGGCUACUUCAACGUUGGCGAUUUAAGUCUGGAUAAAAUUAUUCAAAGCCUAGCUAACGUAUCAACUAAGGCACCAGCACAAUCGGAUAUGAACAUACCGGAUGGUUCCAAUCAGCUUCUGUACCUGAUGAACGUCGUGAGUGGCCCAUUUGGAUUGAUGAAACGAGUCGCUAGUCUAGAAAAUGGAACUGCUGAGUCCAAUGACGGUGGACGUCGUGGACGGAUAAAUAACAUUAAUCGGAGGCUAACAGCGCUGGAGCGGAAGGUUGGAAAUCUGAUGACUAAGUUAAGAGAGAACAACUGCAAAACAAGUCCUUGUCAGAAUGGAGGAACGUGCAUCAGUUUGUUUGAUUCAUUUGUUUGUCAGUGUCCUAGAAACUGGGAAGGUCCGACUUGCGCCAAUGAUGUCAAUGAGUGUUCCGAAUUUGCUGGCACGGAUUUGGGAUGUCAAAACGGGGCCACAUGUAAAAAUUCGCCUGGAGGUUAUAGUUGUAUAUGUGCUGGGGGAUGGCAGGGAAUUCAUUGUAACAGUCGCACAAAGGACUGUAUGACUUCGGGAAGUGAGCUUUGCGGACAUGGCACAUGUGUACAAAUGAAGGAGGAACCAGGGUACAAGUGCAUCUGUGAGCAGGGAUGGAAGACCAACAGCGUUACUCCGGCAUGUUCGGUGGAUGUCGAUGAAUGUUCAGAAUCCAGGCCACACUGCUCGAAGGAUCCGGAAGUCAGCUGUAUCAAUCUUCCAGGUUCAUUUGUUUGUGGAAGUUGUCCACCUGGAUACACGGGAAAUGGGUUCUACUGCGGAGAUAUCGACGAGUGCCAGACAAACAAUGGGGGAUGUAGCACAUCUCCAUCCGUGACUUGCAUUAAUUUGAGGGGAACUCACAAGUGCGGUAAUUGCCCUCUAGGCUAUACAGGCGACGGAAAGACCUGUACGUUGAAAGGAAACCGUUGUACACCAGGUCUAUGCCAUCCAUUGGCUCGUUGUAUGGAUUUUUCAGGUGGAAGCAUCUCUUGCGUAUGUCCUCCUGGGUACCAAGGGUCUGGAUUUGGAUCUACAGGAUGUGUAAGGAUGCCUAUAAAUCCGUGCACUUUCAAUCCAUGCAAGAACGGAGGUACGUGUACUGCCGUCGGUAACAACUACACUUGUAGUUGCCCUCAGGGUACGGCCCUACCAAACUGUGCAAGGCUGACGUCUCCAUGUGUUCCAAAUCCCUGUUUUAAUGGUGGGACAUGUACCCCAUUUAUAGAUCGCUACGUUUGCUCAUGCCCAGCUGGAUAUACUGGAAUGCGUUGUCAGGGUGCAGCCAGAGCUUGUGGUGGUGUCUUAGAUUCGUUCUCAGGACUUCUGAGGUAUCCACUCGAUAAUGGAACCUACAAUCAUAACGCAAGAUGUGCUUGGCUGAUCAAGACUAAUCAUACUAAAAUCUUGAAUAUUACAUUUACAAAAUUCAACCUGGAGAACCCACAUCAAAGCAAUGACUGUAAAUACGAUUGGCUACAGAUCCACGAUGGAAAGACUUCAGCUUCACAUAACAUAGGGAGAUUCUGCGGUAAUAUUCUUCCGAACGGAGGAAACAUAUUGUCUACUCACAACUUCCUGUACCUUUGGUUUAGAUCGGAUAACAGUACUUCUCAUGAUGGGUUUGAGCUACGGUGGGAUAGUAUCGACCCAGUUUGUGGAGGAGAGUUAUCGGUUAAAAGUCAUGGAGUUAUUUCUUCGCCAGGUACGCCUGGCAAAUAUCCUCCGAAUCGAGACUGCAAAUGGUAUUUGAGUGCUCCUCCUGGAAAGCGGUUGCUGUUCCACUUUUUCACAAUGCAACUGGAAGCUCAUAGUUCAUGCGAAUACGAUUUCGUUCAAAUUAGUGAUGGUCUACAGGAUGAGGCACCAGUUGUGGCGAAGUAUUGUAAUUCUUCUCAUCCCGAACCGUUGGUGACACCAAGCAACGAGGCAACGGUAUAUUUCCACUCAGAUGAAGAUGGAAAUGAUUCCGGCUUCCAGAUCAGCUAUUCCAUAAUCGAAGAUAUUCCUGGAUGUGGUGGAGUUUUCACCAAGACAGAGGGUGAAAUCAGUUCCCCCCGGCGUUAUGAGGACAAUUUGUAUCCUCACAAUUUGAAUUGUGAAUAUAUUAUCAACCUUCCAAAGGGUAGCAGAAUUGAGGUGACGUUCAAUAGAUUCCACCUUGAGUCUAGUGAAACGUGCAAAUUUGAUUAUGUUGAAAUGUUUGACGGUCGAAGCGUGGAUGAUCCAAGCCUUGGGCGAUUCUGCGGGGAACGCAUACCAGCACCGUUGUCAACAAAUUCCAACAACUUGUUGAUAAAAUUCCGAUCCGAUUGGUCUUUUACGCAAGUAGGAUUUUCUCUUAGUUACAAACUACUUUGUGGAGGAAAAUUUACCGAUCCAAGUGUUGAGAUAACUAGUCCAGCCUAUCCGAAAACUUAUGAUCUGAAUCAACGAUGUGACUAUGUAAUUCAAGCACCAAUUGGAAAGGCAAUCAUGCUUGAUUUCUCAGACUUCGAUAUUGAAGGAAACUCAUACCCAAACUGUGAUCUGGACUUUGUUGAAAUCUACGACAGUUAUGAGGCUAAUAAUGGUUCGCUCAUUGGACGAUACUGCAGCUCAAAGAUCCCUCCAAGAGCUAUGUCCACCCUGAAUAUGAUGUUGAUGCGCUUUGUAUCAGAUGCCUCCAUAGGGGGAAAGGGAUUCAAAGCGAAUUUUUCGUUCGUGGAUGUUACUUGUGGAGGAGUUAUUACGUCCGAAGACGUAACGAUAAGAUCUCCAUCGUUGGCCGACCAAGAGAGCUAUAUACCGGAUGCCGAUUGUCGCUGGGUGAUUGUUGCUCCUAGAACACACGCCAUUCAGUUGACGUGGAACAGCUUUGAGCUGGAAAAGAGCAGUAACUGUAUGUACGACUUUGUGGAAAUCUACGAUAACUCAACUAUUUCGAAUACGACAAAAGUGGGGAAAUUUUGCGGAACGACGAAACCACCUGCACUUACCAGUUCUGGAAAUAUAGUCACCAUCCGUUUCAAGACGGACAGUUCCAGUUCUAAGGACGGGUUCAGUUUGUCGUUCAUGUUCAAGGAUGUUCAAAAGCUUUGUGACGGAAACUUCUACACCUCUACUGGAGUGAUAAAAUCACCGAACUAUCCCCAAGACUAUCCCUCUAACAAGAUAUGUGAAUGGGUUAUCACUGUUCCAAUGGGACAACAGAUCCAACUCAACGUGUUGAAGUUCCUCAUGGAAAAGCAUAGCUCGUGCCGGUUUGAUGGAUUGGAAAUUCGCAACGGUGGGACAUCCAGUUCACCGUUGAUUGGAAAGUUUUGUGGAACGGAUGAUUUCAAUGGAACCAUUUCCUUCAGCAGCAAGCUGUAUUUGAAAUUCUACUCAGAUGCUUCGCGAAAUUACGAAGGUUUUGAAAUAAAAUGGGAUGGAACUUCGACAGGCUGUGGUGGAGUUCUUACCUCUUCGAGAGGAUCAAUAAUCUCUCCAAAUUAUCCGGAAUCGUACGGUAACAAUGCUCAGUGCUCGUGGCGGAUCACCGUUAGUGCUGGAUCUGCCAUUCAUAUAGUGUUCGUAGACAUUGACAUGGAAAGUGUUGCCAGUUGUCGGUAUGAUCAUUUGGAAGUAUUUGAUGGUCGUGACGUAGCUGGUAAAAGUUUGGGUAAGUUUUGUACCGUCGACACCGAUCCGAUUCAACUAGACACCGAGGACAACCAUGCGUUCAUAAAGAUGAGAAGUGAUGACACUAACCAAGGCAGAGGGUUCCAUCUUAAAUACAACAUCAUUUGUAAGCGAAAUAUUACUGGAUUCAACGGAGUGAUUGAAUCGCCAAACUUCCCUGAAAAUUAUCCCAGCGGAUCAGAUUGCUUGUGGAUCAUCACCGUUCCUCGUGGUAACAAAAUAGAUAUUGAGUUUUCCCAUUUUGAACUGGAAAACGGGAUGAUUUAUGGCAAAGAUCAGUCGCAUGUCUGCAACUUUGAUUUCGUAGAAAUCAGUGAGCCGGAUAAUGAGCGACCAGAACCACAAAAAUAUUGCAAUCACAUGCCGUCGAAAAUGACAUCUAAGGGAUCGUCUGUACAGAUCCGUUUUCAAACGGACAAUAGUGGCGCGAACAGUGGGUUCAGGAUAGAGUGGCAAAUCAAUGGCUGCGGAGGAAUUCUCACAAGACCAUCUGGCGAUUUUUCUUCACCGAACUAUCCCAAUGAGUAUCCCGUCGAUACAAAUUGCCAUUGGACGAUUUCAAUGCCACCGGGUUACGUGAUUGAACUGGUUGUGCAAAAGUUCAACAUGGAAUCAUCGAGCAGUUGCCGAUAUGAUGGACUAACGGUAUCCAAUACUGAUGAUUUUAGUCAAGUGAUCACAACAUUCUGCCACACACAAAUGGAACCAGUGAAAUUGACCAGUGCGGGUCGCAAUCUGUACGUUAAGUUCUUCAGCGAUCAGUCAAAAACGUUCAAAGGUUUCACGGCAUCGUAUAACAUGAUUCCUAUAAAAUGCGGUGGACUUAUUACGGCUCAUCAAGGUUUCCUAUACUCACCCAACUACCCAAAGAACUACCCGAGCAAUCAGUCUUGUGAAUGGACAAUACAAACGGAGCCUGCAUACACACUACAGUUCCAUCUGGAAGAUAUUGGUAUAGUGAAGAGUGACAACUGUUCGCAAGAUUAUCUGCAGGUGUAUGAUGGCUCAGUUCGAGAUGCUAGCAAAUUACUAAUGACGGUUUGUGACAGUGAAGCGAAUGUUACUUCGGUGCUUUCACGCAAUAAUCAGUUGUUAGUCGUAUUUAAAUCUGAUUUGGCAUUCGAAGCGAAGGGAUUUAGAGCUAACUAUUCAAUUAACUGUGGUGGUAAGAUCUCCGUUAGAAAUUCGGGCAUUAUUUCACUGGAGAAUACGUUCAAGAUCAAGUCGGAAAAUUGCACUUGGAUCUUGUCUGCGGAUGGACUAACGCAACAUGUCACACUCCAGGUGCUGCAUAUGAACAUUGUCGAAAUUGAUGGGAGUUGUUUGGCCAAUUUGACGGUGCAUGACGGAGAUGAUAUUGAUGCACCGCUUAGGUACAAUGGAUGCGGUAGUAGAACGCCCUCGGCGAUCGUCAGUAACGGGAAUUCUUUGACAGUGCACAUUACCUCUGAAGACUACAAUUUGUACAACGUGUUGGGUAUGCAGUUCAUCGCAAGCUAUUCCGUUUUGGACAAUGCAUGUGGUGGGGACCUGACAUCCUUCUCCGGUGAGUUUGCAUCGCCCAACUAUCCCAACUCUUACCCAUUGAAUGUGGAAUGCAUUUGGACGAUUGCGGCAUCGCCUGGCAAUACCGUUCAGUUGUACUUUCAAUCGUUGGACAUGUUACAAUCGGACAAUUGCAAUACAGAUUAUUUGGAAAUUAGAGAAAGAUCUGGAAGCGGAAAGUUGAUCGGAGAUUAUUGUGGAAGCAAUCCAAUGAUAAAUCUAACCUCGACCAACAGUUUCUGGGUCAAGUUCAGGACCAGCGAAAUGGGUGUAGCGAAAGGUUUUCUAGCUGAAUAUUCAUACGAUAUGUUCAACGAACUGAGUGGUCGAAGUGGAGUGCUCACAUCUCCAAUGUUUCCCCGAGUUUAUGCUAGGAAUGAAGUUCACACGUGGAGAAUCAUAGUUGAUGUCGGAUCAAUUAUCUCGAUGAAAUUUAGCGUGUUUGAAAUCGAUGUGAAAUUUAUGGAUGCUUGUGAAGGACAACUAGAGAUCUACGAUGGCUACGAUGACUCUGCGGAGCCGUUGAAAGGAGAGCUUUGCGGAUUAACUCCUCCGGAUCCAUUCAAGUCAACAUCGAACGUUGUUUUCAUCCGACUGGAUCAUUCGGAUGCCAGUGGACCUUCAAGAUUUUCACUCAACUGGGAACAAAUUGGCAAAGAGGACGUCCAGUCUGCCACGCAGUUAAAAGCUAAUGACGAUCGGUAUUGUGGGGGACCACAUGUAGUAGUGCUAUCCGAGAAUGCCACAACGUUUAAUCUCACGUCUCCCGGGUAUCCAGAUGGGUACGACACGAACUUAAACUGCAGCUGGGUCUUCCAGUCAGCGCAGCCUACUGAACAUGCAUUCUUACAACUGAACUAUGUAGAUUUGGAAGAAACAGAUUCAUGCCUUUCCGAUUACCUAGAGAUUUCCACAUCAUCGGAUAUGAUUUCGUGGUCUAAACCAGAAAGGAUUUGUACUUACGGGAUCCACUCGAAGCAUAAGUUCGAUGGAAAGCCAUUCCUGAAGGUAGACUUCCGUACGGAUUACUUCAACAAUCGUACAGGAUUUACUGGAGUUGCAUCUCUGCGAUGCGGUGGCAUAAUGACGGAACCAAAUGGGGUCAUAGAGGUUUCUUCUAUAUCUAACAGCAAUACAAGUCGUGUACUUGAUACUGUAUGCAUGUGGAACAUUACCGUGCGCCCAGGUCGAACUAUAGAAUUCGAGUUUGAGUCGAUAAAGGUUCAAAAAACCGACUCUUGCGUUGGAUUCGUUUCGAUCAAAAAUGGCAUAGAUGAAUACUCUCCGUUACUGGGUUCGUUCUGUGGUAAUGAAAUUCCUGGAAAGAUGAAUACAUCAAGUAAUAGAGCAUUUGUGAAAUUCUACUCUGGGCUAGUAACGAACAACCAGUUUAGGCUUGUAUAUCGAGAGAUUGGCAUGGAAUGUGGAGGCAAAAUCGUUUUGCGCAAAAAUGAUUCAGCCAUUAUAACUACACCUAACUUCCCGGAAGUUCCACAUCCGCAUAGUGAGUGUACUUGGAGUGUUAUGGCCCCAGCUGGAGAAACAAUCAAGUAUGAGUUUGAUCGACUUAAUUUGAAGCAUUCUACUUCAUGUAGUAACGAGUACGUAGAACUCAGAGAUGGUGGCACCUCUAGUUCUAGUGUUUUGGUUAAAACCUGUAGCUCAGUUCCAGUUGCCUCAAGGCUUACGACUUCCAACAUGUUGCGAGUACGAUACUUUACCGAUAAUUCCGAUCCGGGUAAUGGAUUCAAGCUACGUGUCUCACUGGCUAAAUGCGGAGGAUCUAUUCAUACUCGCAAGGGCUUCGUUCAGUCCAAAAACUACCCCUUAAUUGGAGGAUAUCCAGCGAAUACAGUUUGUGAAUACUUCAUUGCUGGUGGAAUUAACUCAGUUUUAAAUUUGACCUUCUCAGAUCUUAACCUUCCUACUGGGACAAACUGUUCAAGCGAUAACAUCAAGGUUUACAGUGUCACUCCGGGUGAAAAUACAACUGAUACGUAUAUUGGUACAUACUGUGGCUCACAAUUACCAGCUCCCAUCGUGACCUAUGGCAAUCAAGCGAGGCUAGUACUUACCACAUUUGGAAUGCAAAGCUCCUACAGAGGAUUUAAAAUAAAGUUUGACUCGGUGGAAAACCUGUGUGGUGGUGAAAUAAAUACUGCGUCAGGAGACAUAACAAGUCCAGGAUACCCGGAUGAUGGACUGAGAUUCAAGAGAUUCUGUGAGUGGAAGAUUACUGUUCCAGAAGGUCGACGAGUGAAGGUUGAAUUUGUGGAUUUCGACUUGUCCACGGCUAGUGCUAGUUAUUUGCAACGGUUAGCAUUCUAUCACGGUUUUGAUUAUGCGGCUAGAAUUAGCUUUGUUAUGGGAGGAUACGAUAAUCAACCGAUUUCCUCCAGCGGUAACAAAAUGAUGAUCCAUUUCUUUUCCCGCAUUGAAUCGAGUAAUAGAGGCUUCAAGCUGCAUUUCAGCAGUGAUGAGCCAUCGAUAUGCGUCGGAAACUUGGAUGGAGAUGAGGGAACUAUCGCUACACCGAUCAACCAAACGAGCUACAUGUGCGAGUAUAGACGUUCAACAGGGGUGUUUUCAGUGGGCCCGAGUGGUCGAAAAGUGGGAACUAUGGCAUUAUACUUUAGCGAUAUAAAAGCUGGGAUGUAUAUGAAUGCUUGUUCACGACACACUAGAGGAAUAUCCAUCAGGUGGAACUCAGUAGUGGGCUCUGAUCAGUCGGGAAUUUUGAGAAAGUAUUGCGGAAAUGGAACCAGCAGCGAUUUAUUUCGAUCUCCAUUCCCAAGUGUUCACAUUUUGGUUCAACAAGGCAUAUUUUUCGGUGAAGUACAGUUCAAGCUGCGAUACAAGGUACAUCAAUGUGGUGGAAUGUUUGGAAGUGAGCUGAAGAGUAUCUCAAGGCCAAGUUUGGCAAAUGGUAGUGGGCCACUUGAUUGCGCUUGGUACAUUGACUAUCCGGAUAAUGCGUUGGUUAGUAUAGAAUUUACCAGUUUCAACUUGAACCAGACAUGUGAGAACGAGUACCUACUGGUUUACAAUGGCCCUACUUCGAAUAGUCCACUUUUGGGAAAGUUCUGUAGAGGAACCGGUAUUGAAACAAUCAUCACACAGGGUCGUUAUGCGUUCAUAGAGUAUCAUUCAGAGAACUUUAAUUUAAGCGGAAAUUUUGAACUGAAAUUGGCCGAAAUGGUAUCCGGGUGUGGUGGAACUCUGCAUAAGAACAUCAACACUUUUGGUUUAUCCAAUAUUGGUGGAAAGUAUGCUCCCAACAUGGAAUGUAUUUGGACAAUUCAAGCGGACAAUGGUUACCAUAUAGGAAUGAGUUUCAUCAAUAGAUUUAAUCUGGAAAAGAGUGACAACUGCUCGAAGGACUACGUUGAGUUUUUGGACCGCAUCAACGAUGAGUGGGUCAGUAUGGGUCGUGUUUGUGGAAAGGAUAUUCCACAAGUUUUCAAUUCAACUGGUUCCCUGAUGAGAGUGAUCUUCCGGUCUGACUCCAGUGUAGAAGGAGAUGGAUUCACUCUUACGUGGCAACAGAACUGUGGUGGAAUCUAUACGGUAGAUCAGAGUGUUGGCGUUAUGAUGAGUCCAAACUAUCCAAUGAACUAUGAUCGCUCCAUAACGUGUAACUACACCUUCGUAGCUAGUGAGAAUGACUUUUUCAUCAAUCUGAAUUUCGUGGAUUUCUCACUCGAAGAUGGCCCGCAGACAUCGAUUUGCGUAUACGAUAACGUAACUCUGUACAAACCGAUGGAGUACAUUGCACCGCUUCAAUGGGAAAAGGUUGGCACGUAUUGCAAACAGAACUCUCCAGGUCGAAUGCGAUUCAAAAAUCGGGUGGCUGUUAUAUUCCGAACUGAUCGUUGGCUGGAAGCUAGAGGAUUCAAAUUCGAAUACAAACUUGAAACCUGUGGUGGUUUGAUAACCAAAUCUACUCGCAUCGAAAGCCCUGCAUCCAGUACGAAAAUCAGCGCCGGUUUUAACUCCUUGUAUUGUACUUGGAAUAUCACUAUACCAUCCGGCAAGAAAGUAAUUGUGCGAUUUGAACAAAUUGAAAUGGAACAUUCGGAUGGGUGCUACUUUGAAAGUGUAGAAGUUUACAAAGGACUCGAGCGGAAACCCGAUCAAAAGUUAGCAACAUUGUGUGGAAAUCUUACGGCUCACGCUCCUGCGAUCAGCUUACAAGGAAGCCACGGAACCAUUUAUUUCAAAUCAGAACAGUUCUCCACUGGUAAUCAUCGUUUUUCGGCAUUGAUUUUGUUUGUAGAUGAUUGCGAUCGCGAAAUAACCCUAGAUCAAAGCUCUAGACUGUACAACUUGAACGUUCAGACCAUUGGAGAGUCGAAACUUCGGGACUGUCAGUACAUCUUCAAGGCUCCAGCUGGAUUUGGACUAAAGCUUUCAUUCACCCUGUUCCACUUAGGAUCCUCACUAAAUAGUACGGGCUGUCCGAACAGCUUCCUGGAAGUUCGUGAUGGUGCCGGGCCGUUUGCUGACCUGAUUGGAAAGUUUUGUGGUUAUGAACUUCCACAAGAAUCAUUUACAUUCAGUUCGGCGCUGUUCACCCGCAUGGUUACUGAUUCUUUCGGCGCAGGAACUGGUUUCAAUGCAAUUAUAUCGCUUGUUGAAUUUCCUUGCGGCUCGAGCUUCUACAAUUUGUCCAGCGGCCAGGUAGAAAUUUUGAAGAGUCCGAACUAUGGCAGUGGAAAUUAUCCACCCAACAUCAAAUGUUUGUGGCUAUUGGAGGUUCCUGCUGGCAAGACUAUCAACAUCGAGUUUAACGAUUUCCAACUGCAGGACUACAGUGACGAACAAAAAGAGUGUCCCGAUCGAUUGGAGUUGUUCGAUGCAAGUGUGAAAUCAAUUGUCUACGAAGGCCUGGGUGAAGAUGUUGUGUUUCGGGGUAAAUCAACGCAUGCGCAUAAAUCGUCCUUCUAUCAUGGUACGAGAAAUCCAAACACCCACCACACCUACUGUGGCUCUGGUAUCCUUCCGGCCACUUACCAUUCUAUGUCGAGUAAAAUCUACCUGAAAUUCGAAAGCAAUGAGAAAAUCGAAACCAAAGGAUUCCAGCUGUCUGUCCAGCAAAAUCAUUUAUGUGCUAGGAACUUCACACGGUUACAGGGCCGCAUCAACACCAAUUACGUGUCUCGAAAUGAACACUGCACUAUUACGAUUCAAGUUCCAGAGAACUACACGAUCGCAUUGUACUUUGCUAUAUUAUACACUCACACAACUAACUGCGAUGAGGAAGGCAUUCGGGUGUACGAUGGUCUAGGAACAGAAAAUCAAUUGGCGUUGUUGUGUACUUAUGCGACCCCAAAUCCAAUGUUUACAGAACAUAAUGCUUUGAGGAUUGAAAUUCCACCAUCGAAGGUUGAGUAUGUAACGACUAUGUUAGACGCUUCGUAUUUGGCGACGGAUCAAGGCAGGGGUUGUGGAGGAGAAAUGUUCAACUACGGAGGAGUGUUCAGUAGUCCUCUGUAUCCGAACAACAAUCGGACUAGGAUGGAGUGUAUUUGGACGGUGACGGUCCCGAAUAAUCUGCGCAUUGCGUUGAAAUUUGACGUUUUCGACAUGGGUAGCAAAACUACGUGUGGUACGGAUUUUGUGCGGUUGAUAGAAGUCACAGGAGAUGAUAUUCGCUCUGUUCGACAGCAUUGUGGAGGAGACAAGCCAGCAACCUAUAUUAGUGAAAACAAUGUAAUGCAAGUAAUGUACAAGCAGACUCAGAACUUUGGAGGUACAGGGUGGCUUGCGAAGUACAUGGCGGUCGAGAAGGGUGCUAUCGUAAAUGACUGGUAGUCUGUAUCCCGCUUUUGUUGUAUUAAAUUAUUUUAUUUAUUUUUCUUAACAUUUAAACAAAAAACAAUUGAUUAUCGUAACUAUAAAAUCGAAUAUCCGAAUUUAUACUACACAACCCAUGAUAGAUGAUGUCUCAAUAAAGCAUGAUGUGUAAAAAGAAUCCACA